CGCUAAGCGAAUCCCGAGAAAAACAAAACACAAAUAUAAAAAAACAUUUGUUGCGAAUAAAGCGGCGCAGAGAAAGGAGAAAAGAAAGAACCGCUCCUCCGCUUGCAGAGCAGCGGCUUUUGGCCAAGUGAUCAUCAUCAACGCUUUUUGUGUCCUUUUUUUUUGCAGUUUGCAGUUUGUUACCUUUUUUUUGUUGGUAUUUCUUUUUUUUUCUGCGUGUGUGUGUGCUCCACUUGCGAUCGAUAAUUGUUGACCGCGUGCAACGCCCCACCGCCCCACCCCCCAUCAUACCCUACUCCAGCAACAAAGUGCAACAAAAAACACUAACGGGCAAGGCGGCCACCGUUAUUGCGAGUGCCAAGCAACUGUUUUCGAAAGUUGCCGCAACGAAAACGCAGACGCAGACCCAAAACGCGGCAAAAGCAGAAGCAGACGCAAACGCAUCCUGUUGGAAUUGGACGCGGAACUGGAAGUGGAACAGCAAGUGGAACGCAGGAAUCGGGCCAGGGACGAGCGUAAACAACUCGACAACUAUAAAAAACGACAGCAAGAUGCAACAUCAGCGGCAACAGCAACAGCAACAGCAGCAGCAGCAACAACAACAACAACUGCGGCCACAUCAGCAGCUGCAACAGCAACAACAAAUACAACACAAGCUGGUGCGCUGCAGAAAUCUACGAAGAAAUGUAGAAAUCGGUGCUAAGAAGAUUUGGCUGCCGCUUAUCAUUUUCCUUUCACUGCAGAUCGCCCUCGUCUGCGCGGACGAUGUGGAGGUGGUGAAGGCCAUUGCCGGCGGACCCGAUGAUGAUCUGACCAUUGCCCUGGGCGACCAUGAGAAUGAGCUGGACCAGAUGGCUCAGGAGUCGGAGCAGGAGCAGCAGCAGCAACAACAGCAACAGCAGCAGCAGCAACAACAACAGCAGCAACAGGUCCAGCAACAGCAACAGUUGCCGCCGCACCAGAUCCAAAUGCAGUUGCCUCAAUCGGUGCCCAAGGUGCAGGUCCACUACCAGCACAACAUGCCCCAGCCACCACCGGGCGUUGGCCUCACCCUGCGCAGCAACCACCAGAACAUACCCCUGAGCUUCGGCCAGCCCUUUGGACCACCGCCGCCACCAGGUGCCCAAUUCUACAAGGGACCACCGCCGCCGCCGCUCCAGCAACGUCCACAGCCGCCGCCGCCGCAGGUUCAGAUCCAAGUGCAGCCACAGCAGACCCAGGGCCAGGUGCAGGUCCAGAGCCAGGGGAUGCAGCAGCAGCAACAGCAGAUCCAGGUGCCGCAGUCUGACCUCAGUGUGGGUGGCUCCAGCCAGAAUGAGAUCUGGGCGGCGCCCGUUCAGGACAUGCCCAAGAUCGUCUCGCUGGACGUCAAGUGCGAGAAGAACGGCAUGAAGGUGUUCGUGCAGUUCGACAAGCCCUUCAAUGGGAUCGUCUUCUCCAAGGGCCACUACAGCAACAUGAACUGCGUCCACCUGCCCUCCGGUUUGGGUCGCAGCUCCGCCAGCUUUGACAUUGGCCUGCACGAAUGCGGCACCGCCGGCAAUACGGAUAACUACAACCAGGGCUAUGGUCAUGAUACGGCGGGCAGCACAGGAGCUGGAACCUACUUCGAAAACAUCAUUGUUAUCCAGUAUGAUCCCCAGGUGCAGGAGGUGUGGGAUCAGGCGAGGAAGCUGCGCUGCACGUGGCAUGAUCAGUACGAGAAGAGUGUGACCUUUAGGCCGUUCCCCGUGGAUAUGCUGGAUGUGGUGAGGGCGGAUUUCGCGGGCGACAAUGUCGGUUGCUGGAUGCAAAUCCAGGUGGGCAAGGGACCGUGGGCUUCCGAGGUCUCUGGCCUGGUGAAGAUUGGCCAGACGAUGACCAUGGUGCUGGCCAUCAAGGAUGAUGACUCCAAGUUCGAUAUGCUGGUGAGGAAUUGUGUGGCGCAUGAUGGCAAGCGGGCGCCCAUCCAGCUGGUAGAUCAACGCGGCUGUGUGACCCGGCCCAAGCUCAUGUCUCGUUUUACCAAGAUCAAGAACUUUGGGGCCUCCGCCUCGGUGCUGUCGUACGCCCACUUCCAGGCCUUCAAGUUCCCCGACUCGAUGGAGGUGCAUUUCCAGUGCACCAUUCAGAUCUGUCGCUACCACUGCCCGGAGCAGUGCUCGGCGGACUCGAAUCUGGUUCAGGAUGUCCAUCACCUGCAGGUGGGCCCGGAGUCGCAGUAUGGACCGCCGCCGCCUCAGCUCCAUGUGGAUGCAUACCAUGUGGCCGCCGGUGGUUCGAUUGGCAAGCGGCGGGAUGAGCGGCGAGUUCAGCGACGGGCCAGAUCGGUGGAGCCGCAGGUGGGCCUCAAUAGGAUCAUCAAGGUGGUGUCAUCCGGGGAUCUGACCUUUGCCAUCGACGAGCAGCAGCCGCAGGGCAUGACGAAUGGCAGUAGCUCCUCAUCCACAUCGAGUCCUCAGACUUUGGUAUUUCCCGUGCGCGAGGAGGGUCUCAUUUGCAUGACCACGCCGGGCUUUGCCAUCACGCUGAUUGUGCUGCUGGGCAUCCUGGUCACUUCCUGCCUCACCUCCGCCGUCCUAUAUGUCCGUCUGCGUCCGUUCUCGUCCUUUGCCGCCGCCAGGAGCGCCAAGGAGCGGGCCGUUGCCUUCACGAAUCCGCAGCUGUCUCCGCUGCCGGUCAUCCAGCAUCCGGCGGAUGUCCAGGGAACGCUCUCCAAGAAGCGGGCGAUGUCGUGAGCAUAAUGAACUGCCCCCUGACUGGUGACUGGAGCUAAAGCCGGCUAGGGGUUGGUGUGCGUAAAGGUGUGUGUGCGUGUGGGGGUAGCUAAAGCGGGUUAAAUGAUUUUUUCAAUUUAAAUUUGGAUUUU